AUGCCACAGAUUACGGACCACCCCAGUCCUAGCAACAACAAUGCGGAGCAGGACGGCUUUGCGCUGCUCCAACAUGGCCACCGGGACAUGGUCGAAGCCACUGCAUUCAACAGCUAUGGCGACCGUUUCGCAUCCAGCUCCGUGGACGGCAAGAUAAAAGUAUUCAACCGGCAUAAGGACGGCUCAUGGAACAUCUGCGAUACUUGGGGUGCGCACACCUCUGAAAUCCUCGAGAUCCAAUGGCUUUCCCCGACGAUUCAUCCCAACCUCAUCGCAUCCAUCGGCACCGAUGGCAAAUUCAAACUCUGGGUGGAAGACCCGACCAUAGCCCCGGGGAAAGGUAGACGCUUCAACUCGCAGAGCAACAAGCCCGUCUGGGAACUGCGCGCCCCGUCGCGAGCGCCCUUCCUUUCCUUCUCUAUCAAACACAAUCCCGAGACUCGGCACACUUACCUAGCGCUCAUCAACCGCAAUGCUCUACUCACUGUCUACGAGAACGACGAGCCGGAGAACAUGGAGAGCUGGAUGGAGCUAGACCAGGUCAAUGUAUGCGAUAGGCCGGCGCGUGGGGAGGAGGUCUCGUUCAAAGUAGCAUUCGACCCCAAUCUCGAGCCGUGCUAUUCCGCAAUCCGGCAGGGCGUGCAGAGAGACGCCCUAGGUGUUAUCGUGGCCAGUAUGAAUAAAGCGAGUAUCUGGCGUACCAAAGAAAUUUCUCACGCAGUGAGUCUGGGUUCCUCAAGUACGAAGGAAUUCUACUUUGCAGCCGAGCUGAAGGGACAUAGAGGAUUAGUGCGGGAUGUGGCUUGGGCCCCGGGGAAUAUACGGGGUUUUGAUGUCGUUGCUACGGCUUGUAAAGAUGGGUUUGUGAGGGUCUUCGAGGUUGCUACUCCUUCCAAGGGGAAUAAAGAGCCCAGGAGCAAGGACUUUGCGAGAAUGCCAGAACAUGUUGGCGCUGCGCAGAGGACGUCGGAAAAUGGCCUUAGGAAUUUCCCUUCGGGUAUUGGAGCGGGUUUGGCAAGUGCUCGACCUGGUACGGGCAGGAAUCUGCAAUCCGAGAUGCACAGCAGGGACGGAGAGGUAAUCCAUGUGGCGAAGGAGGCGUCGAGGUUGGAUACGCAUAGGCCUGUAUGGCGCGUUGAGUUCGAUGCUGAUGGUCAAUUGCUGGGCUCUGCCGGUGAUGAUGGGAAGCUGGUUUUAUGGAGGAGGGAACCGAGUGGAAGUUGGAGUAAGAGCUCUGAGUUGGCCAUGACGAGUUAG